AUGAGAGGCGAAUGGAAUGAAAUUCUAAGAGAAUCUACAAUGUUAGCUCUUAAAGUUGCCAUUCCUGUAUCCUCUUUUAUUGAAAAGAGAACGAUAAAAGUUCGUAGAUUUUUUGACGAGGAAGCAAGGGAUGAACCCAUCGCUGACCCAGAGAAGAAAUUCUGUGUCGAAGUAUUCUUUAAACUCAUUGACACGGCUACAUCGCAACUAGAAGAACGGUUCAAAGGCCAGACUUUUGUUGCCAAGACAUUCAAUUUUUUGGCACCAAAGAGCAUAUUGAAGAUGACCGCUAGUGAAGUCUGUUGUGCUGCCAAUGAUCUGAUUUCUACUUACAAGUUUGACUUGUGUUCCGAGUUUGAAACUCCAUAUAGCACUAUGCUAAUGACUUAA